AUGAAGGGUACGUAUUUUCCUGGUUACUUUUACGAUCCAAGCCAGGGCAAUUACUUUAAAAUCCCUAAUUACUGGGAUGUAUCCUGUAUCCCGACUUCUCCAUCUAAUCAACAGAGUGAUGUGCGACUCAGGCAACGUGCUUUGGACAAACUAAAGACUGCGCUUAAUAAGCAGCAGUCCCAGAGUAUUGUACAAGAUUUUGAGAGUAUUGCCAUCUCUAAACGUUGUUUGAGAUUGGACUUUUUCAUGAAAAUGCAUUUUAGACUCUUGUGUCAUAAGCAGCAGUUAGGCUUCAAUUACCCAAUUAUUCGUCAGACUGUGGUCGAAACUGAUUCUGCUUCCAUACUUCAUAUGAUCUCAGAUCAAUCAUUGUUUUGUGAGCUGCGUCGGAUCAUAUCUGCUUUUGGAUCAAAACUUGUACCUUUGCUAUCGCUGUCCGAGUUGCUAAAGAUGCCCCGCGUAUCCCUUUCCAAAUUCUCGCAACCUAUUUUUACUGCUGUGGGCAGUGCUGCUUACUUGCAGAAUAUGAGAAAACUAGACGCAUAUGUCGCUGUGGGCAAGGCUUUUAGCCUUCUCAGCUUCACAUCAGCCAAGAGCGAGCUAGAACUUAUUAGGUUCGGUGGUGCGGACGCCUCUGACAUUGCCCAUCUGCAGUGCCUCCUCUCACCUAACAAUGAGCGCUCUGGCGUGAUUGUGGGACGAGUCGACGGUUCGGUGGAGCUGUGGGAAGAUCGACAGCCAAAGUCUGCUGCAGUGAUCUAUAAAGAGUCGAAGGGAGCUGUGGAACGCGGAUUGCCUCCACGGCCGGUGGUGGACUAUCCAUCGCACUCUUUCGUGGCGACAGCAAUGGAGAAGUGUGGUGCCAUCGGCAUAUGGCAGUUACAAACAGGCGAACUGGUGAAUAUUCUUGAAUGUCCCGCAUGGGUGGGAAACAAGUUAUUAUUCUGUAGACCCCCCCAAUUGGUGAUGCGUUCGUAUUGGGGCCUUGAAGAUGGCAAGUCGUCGUCUUGUGGACCCGUAUUAAUAGCUAUUCACGAUAAAUUAGUAGAUUUCUUUUAUUAA